AUAAGNCGCAAGUUAAAAAAAAAAUAUACACUUAUUUAUAUAUAUAUAUAUAUAUAUUCUCUUUUUCUUGUCUGCCCGUUUUUUUUUCUGACACAAAAAUUUUUUACGAUAUUGCAAGCUCAUUUUUUAUCGUAUAAUUUCAUACUUCGAUUUGAUAGUGUGUAUUCAUUUGCCCUUUUUAUAUAUACUUACGUAUAUAUAUUUAUCAAAUGCCACAUUUCAAAUUUUUUAAAAAAAAGAAUACACAUAAUACACUUGGUAGGAUGAAUAAUAAUAAUAAUACGACGACAGCUGCUACUAAUACUACUACAACUUCUCAUGAUGGUAUAAACGCUGGCGGUUUACCUACUAAUAUCGAUGUAAGAAGUGUUGGAAAAAAUGAUGGUAAAGAAAAAAAGAAUUGGAAGAAUAUAUUAUUAAGAUUACAUCAAACCAUUUUAUCAGAUACAACAAUUUGUUGUUCUAUAAGAAAAAAUCAAAGAAAAAGAAAUAAAAAUAUCAAUUCACAAGAUGUAAAUAACGUGUGUAUGGAUGAUGAAAUUAAGAUGGAUCAUGUUAAUGAUGAUGAUAAAGAAAAUAAUUUGAACAAUGAAAAUAAUAAUCUUGUCAAAGAAAUUAUUAUUAAUGAUAAUAAUAUUGAUGAUAAUAUAAUAGAGGAGGAUUCUCGUGAUCUUGAUAUAGAAUCAUCUUCAAAGUCAAUAAAUAUAGAUCAAAUUCAGUCAAUAAAACAGGAUAAUUCUGAGAAUCUUGUAAAAAAACCUUCUUCAAGAUUUAUUUCUAUAUCAAAUACAAAAAACAUUGAUUCGCUGAAUAUUUCACGUGAUGAUGAAUUUGAUUUAUAUGAUAAAUCGAAAAUGACUUUAAUAGAAAAAUGUGCCACGAUUCCAAGGAGAUCUUCUGAAACUGAAGUUUUAAUUAAGAAAGGAAGGUUUACAAUAAUAAGGGAAGCUAAUAAUAAUAAUUAUUCUAUUUCACGAUCUGGUGAAAGUAAUAAAUCACUUCCUUCAUCUUAUUCUUCAUGUUCUUCUAGUUGUUCAAGUCUUCCAGUAUCUUUAUUUGAAUCCCCUGAUUUUUUUAAAGGUUCCACAAAAAUAAGGAAAAAUACUGAUCAUCUCUUAUUAACUUCUUUUCAUUCAAAUUCUCCUCUUUCAUCAAAUUCUCCUUAUUUUUCGAAUUCUCAAAUGUGUUCUUCUCCUUUAUCAUCAUCAUUCACUUUUCAUUCAGAAAAUAAUAAUAAAAAUCCACGUAGAGCUUCAGAUUCCGUUGCCCAUCAUUAUAAAAUUUCUUCUCAACAUGAUAAUAUAUCAAAUCAUAAACAACUUUCCAUCAUACCAUUACAAAGAUCACACAUUAUUCAUCAACAUUCUCCUACCUCUUCCCCGCAUACUUCCCCAAAUACAACUCCAACUUCAACUCUUGUUUCUCCUUUAUCCAAAUCUUUCUCUUCCAUAUCUACCAUAAUUAAACCAAAUAAUACUCAAUCAAAUACACAUUCAAAUCAAUCAAAUCGUGAUUCUAAUUCAUAUCCUGAUACUCCUCAUUCUACAACUUCAACAAUUUCAACUACAACUUCAAUUGUAAGUACUCCUUCAGGUAGAAUUUUUGAAUUAGAAGGUUCUUAUUUUCCUAAUAAUUCAGUUUCUCCCUCUUCAUCUGGUUCUAAUAAUAAUAAUCUCUCUUCAAAAAGAAGAAGAAAAUUUAUUAUUGAAACUUUUGAAUGAAUUUAAGAUUUAUAUAUAAACAUUUAAAUAUAUAAGUUUAAAUAAGUUGUAAGAUUU